AUGCAACAAAAUUAUGCAGAAUCAUUGUUUUCAUAUUUUACAUAGGUGGCAAAUUAAUCUUAGACAGGUCGAAAAAUAAUUGAAGAGAUUAUAGAUUUGUUUGAAGAGAGAGCAAAUUUAGAAGAAAAAUAUGCCAAAUCAUUAGAAAAAUUAGUGUCUAAUAUUGCCAAAUUGGAUGAGAGAUAGCAGUACAAAUAUUAAGUGAUUAAUAGAAUGUACAAGGUUCCUAUUUUCUGUUUGAAAAGUCUAACAUCAAGCAGGUAAUAUUAGGCUUAGAGUUUGUGUUCUUAAAUAAGGGAGGAUCUGAUUACGUAGCUUAAAUAAGUCAUUCAAUAAUAAAAUGGUGCAUCAAAAAAGCUGAUAGAAGAAGCCAAGAAAAUGGAGAAGGAGAAUUUACUCUUAAAUUAGGAAUUCAAGAAAAGUUUCUAAGAGUACAAAUAAAAGAAAAGAGAGUAUGAGUAGUAUGCAACUGUUUUGGUAGUCUAUAAUCUACUAUCUGAAUACUCAGAGAAGAAAAGAAUCAAUUAAUACUAUAAGGUGAAUCAAAUCAAGAAGGAAUACUCAGAUCUUGAAUAAUAAUAUAAACAAUCUGUGUUCGAGUAUAAUUCCAGUUGUGAAACCUCUAAAACUAGAAUGCAAGAAAUACUAAAUGUUAUGUAAGAGCAAGAAGAAAAGAGGAUUGGCAUACUCUAAGAUACUUUAAUACGACAAAUUAUCUUUGAGGUCUCUCAUUCUAAAAAUGUCUAAUAUGAUCUUGAGAAAAUUACAGAAGUAAUCAAUGAAAUCUAACCUAAAGAUGAAGUUAAUAAAUUUAUUACCAAUAUUAAACAAGAUGGUCCAUCACUUUUUGAAAAAACUGAAAUAGUUCAUUUGAACACCUUUAUUAGCAAUAGUUUAUAAAAGUUCUUCUAGAAAGAAUUUGAUGAAUUAUUGAAUUUAAAUAAUGAUGAAUCUGUCAAUAAUAUCAUUGCUAGCGUUGACUAAGGAAUCGAGGUUUUACCAGAAGAUUAAAAAUAAUAGGAAACUUAUUAUGCUGCUAAAUUGAUACAUGAUUGUUGGAAGGAAGAGGAACUCUCAAUUCAAGUAUUCCAAGAAUUAAAGAAAAAAACAAAGGAUAAUUACCAAUAGAGAAUGCUCGUAAUUUUGGCAAUUUAAAAUAAAAGACUGAAUACUUAAUUCAAACUAGGAACUAUAGCCUUUUAGAAUGUACUUAAGUUAUUCAAUUCAUUAUUGGAAAUAUGUUUAGAUACAUUUGAUGCAGGGACUUCAAGAUAAUUAAUGAAUCUUUCAUUUACUUUCUAUUAAGAGAAAAUUGAGAAUAACAAAAUGCAGUGUUACUUUUUAUCAAAUGAAUUUGCUAAACAUCAGGUUUGGGAAACUCGAGAUUUGUGGGAAACAAGUAUUAUUUAAUCAAUUUAUGAAAAAAUAAAAGAGUAAUAAAAGAAAUAAAGAUUACCAAAUCAAAAUGAAUAAAUUUAAGCAGAAAAGAAUAUGAUCUUAACAAUUUUAACUCAAAUGGCAUAAAAUAUGUUAUUGUUUAAUUUUAAAAUUGGAGCAUUGAAAGAUAUUAUGUACAAAUUUUUAGCAUUUUUUGAAUUGAAUGAAGAAAUAACACUUGAUUUAUUUAAUGCAAUUGAAGGAUUUGAAAACCAAAAAAAAAUUAAUGAUGCCUUAGAGAAAGAAGCAUAGUUUCAAAAAAUAUAGGAGUAAAUUGAGAAAGCUCAAUAAGAAAAUAAAAAGGAUUGA